AUGGACAAGCGGACUAGUACUCAUGAUGUUCUGGUCCUCCUUUCGCUUUUGUACAUGUUGUUAGCAAUUACUACCACCUUUACCCAAUAUUGCCAUGCAAAUCCAAAUGUCCUCUGCCUAAAAAAAAAAAAAAGAGAGGCUCUCUUGACUUUCAAACAAGGUAUCAUAGAUCCUUUAAAUCGGCUCUCAUCUUGGACCGGCGAAGAGUGUUGUCUGUGGAAAGGAAUUGGCUGUGACAACGUUAUUGGACAUGUCAUCAAGCUAAACCUCCAAUAUCGUCCUAAUUUCAGUACUGCACCUGAGUUACCUCCUGCAGCUUUGGAGGGUCCGAUAAAUGAUUCUCUUCUGGUAUUAGAAAAUGUUCUUUAUUUGGACCUAAGUUCCAAUUAUUUUGGAGGCAAUCGUAUCCCAAGUUUCUUUGGUUACUUUCGGAAUUUAAGAUACCUAGACCUAUCAGAUUCGGGUUUCAAGGGUAUAAUUCCUUCACAGUUGGGGAAUCUGUCUAACUUGCAAUAUCUUGACCUUCAAAGUUCGUUCCUGAUUUCUGACGACCUUGAAUGGUUGUCUCGUCUUUCCUUGCUAGAAUUUCUAGACACGAGUUGGGUCGAUCUUAGUAAAGCAUCUAACUGGCUACAAGCGAUGAACAUGCUCCCUUCUCUAUCAAGUCUUACCUCCCUUGUUAUACUAGAUCUCAUGUCUAAUCAUAUUCAGGUUCCAAUGCAAGAUGCUUUCAAGAACGUACAUGUCUUCCUUGAGAUAUCUAAGCCUUUGGGAGUACUUCCUAAUGCCAGAACUGGAGGAGAAUUACCAAGAUUCUUUGGAAAUCUUUGUAAUCUUCGAUAUUUAGACUUGUCUCACACCAGAUGUGAGGGAGCUGGUGCAUAUGGAAUUCUAGGAAACUCAGCAGCAUACAACAUGGAAAGUUUCGAGUAUUUAAAUUUGGCUAGGAAUCAACUUUCAGGGACUUUGCCUGAUCAACCAUGCAAGUGUCAAAAUCUAUCUACUCUCUUACUUAACUCCAAUUUGCUUUCUGGUCCAAUUCCUGUCUCAAUUGGAAGUCUCUCAAUGAAGAAUAAAGUAGAAAAUGUUGUUAGGACAGAAAUUUCUAGAGCUUUGGAUAGCUGGCGUGCCAUUACUAGAGCUCCUAAGUGCCAUUGUGUCACACUCCUCUUGUCUGCUGGUUGUUUGCUGUUGUGA